AUGUUGAAUAAAAAUAUCAUUUUUUUUGUAUUACGACACUGCUUCCGAAAAAUCGGUAAAGCUGAUAUUUGUUUUCGAAUUUUCGUUUUAAUUGGUUAUAUUGUCGAUCAUACUUGCCAAUCAGCGUCUUCUGGUGCUGAGAAUAAUGGAAAUGUCUUGAAAGAAGUGAUCUUCCAUGAUCAUGCUUUGAUUCUUUUCGAUGAACUAGAUCAAAUCACAGCAAUUGAGUGUCGUGAGAAGAUCAUUGAUCAAUAUCCACGUUCACCUAGUUUCGUUUCUGUCUUCGAUCAAGAAAUGUUCGAUUUACAAGGUAUUGGCAAUUCAAGAGACUUAUUCAACGAAAUAAUAAUCGUAAGUCGUGUGUCGUUGGAUAUCAUAUUCAUUCAUCUCAUUUCGCCAAUGAAUCGUCGUAAAGUAAAAGAGUUUAUGCAUGUUAGGAUCCGUAUUCGUCCAGAAACCGAAAAGAAAGUCUAG